GGGCGACGCGAAACGUCUCAGACGGCUGCGGCAAUGCCUGGAGUCGGUGCUGGAUCAGACGCAGAAGCCUGCUGCCUUUUUCAUGGUGUGGUCCUCACCCGAGUCCUUGGUCGCAGAGGUAGAGGCCCUGUUGCUGUCCUUCAAGGAGCGACUCAGUCCGAGCAGCUUCCAUUGCUUGCGGCAGCAGAAACGUACAUCGCAGUUCUACGACAUCAGAUGGCUCUAUCAGGAGUACAUCUCCAAAGAGCCAGACAAUACCUGGCUCCUCUUCUCCGAUGACGACGACCUCUGGGGCCCCGAGCGGCUCCGUUUGUACGGCAUCAUCAUCGACCAACACGGCCGUGUGCCUGGAGUCACUGCGGUCUGCGCCACCCACAAGGUGCGCCCCAAGGAUCCCAGGAAGGUGGCCAUGACACCCAAAGAGGUUCAACAGCAGCUGUUGAAAGGUGAUGCCAUGCACUGUGGAGGAGUACAUCAAGAGGAGGAGUUCUUUGAUUUUGCAUGUCCUGCGAGCAGCUUGGGAGUGUUUCUGGAGAUGUGUAACGACCAGACCUUGCUCCAUCCUUUCUGCGAUCUUCGCUUUUCGAGAUUUCUGCAGGAAUACUACCAGGGGGGAAAAGUGAUGUACUUCCCAACGGACAAAACGAAUCCUUGGGUGUACUACUAUUCCACCGCCUACCGUCGUCCUGAAGACGCCGAGAUCUACGAGCAAUUCGUGGAGCAGGACCAAGCGAGCACUGUUGUGAAGAGUCGCAAGGAAGAUCGUAUUGAAGCACAAGCACUUUGCAAACAGUUGGGAGGUCAACCCAGCGCUGCCGAGCUGCAGGAGAUGACGGACUUCGUGGCGGCGCUGCGGCAGAACAUCGAGGCGGUGCUGAUUCGGCACUUCCCCGAGAGCCCCAUGCGGACGGGCGAAAUGAAGCGUAUCGCAGUGGGUCAGGCGCAAGGACAGGUCUUUGCCCUGAAAUUGGCGGAGAAAUUGGCCCGAGAAGCCUGUAGUACCUUUGGAGUUCGCUUGGAAUAGUGGG